AUGCGGAUAUCCGGGUUUUUUGUCUGCCUCUCGGGGCUGGUGUCGGCCGCCCUGGGCGCCGCCAACACCGAUCCCGACUUCAUGAGCGUGAGAGACAAGGUCGCAAAAGACUACAGUGGAGAUGACGCUGUCUCUGCUGAGAAGUAUUUCCGUGAGUGCUCCUUACCGCGUCUUCGAUCUAUCGAGACAUUUCUAACUCGCGCCGAUCCGCAGAUGAAUCAUCGUAAGUUCAAUCCCGAAGUUUCCGCUUCCACAUUUACUCAACAUCAAUAUAGCUUCCAUUAUCAUUACGAUGGGCGGUUCGCAUCCGAGCCUCUCCCAGACGAGGAGACGAUCCCGCACCUGUCGGCGCUCAUCCGAACCUACCUAUCGACAAUGGCAGAUAUGGGCGUGGAAACCUGGAUCAUGCACGGAACACUACUGGCGUGGUGGUGGAACCAGAAGAUCUUCCCGUGGGACAACGACAUCGAUGUGCAGAUUUCCGAACCGUCCAUUCAUUUCCUCGCGGAAUAUUACAACAUGACCGAACACCAUUUCGACAUCCCCGACGUGGAAGGCGGUCGCACCUACCAGCUCGAAAUCAACCCCAACUAUGUGAUCCGGUCGACCGCCGACAAGCUGAAUGUGAUCGACGCGCGAUGGAUUGAUACAUCGUCGGGAUUGUUUAUCGACAUCACGGCGGUGCGCAAGGAUGAUCACCGAAGAGAAAUGGGCGACACGGGCGCGUUGAUGUGUAAAGACGGCCAUCGAUUUGACGAAAAUGAUAUCUUCCCUCUCCGAAGUAGUCAUUUUGAGGGGUUUCCAGUCAAGAUCCCUUACAGGUAUACGGAACUCCUCCAGGAAGAGUAUGGUUCGAAGUCGAUAACUGCCACCAGCUUCCAGGGACACGAAUUCAACGAGGAAACUCUACUCUGGGAUGAUAAAUCCCGAAAAAGAUCAUUACGCCGACGCCGUGACAGUCUUCCCGUCCGGACCACGCCUUUGGAGCGUUUCUUCCGUUAG